GUAGUAAACCAAUGCCAAUGUAACACUCGUGAUACAUACAGGUUAUGACACAUUUCGAGGCCCCCGCUGACACGUCAGUUAUAUGUAGUUUCUAGUAUAUAACGCAUAUUUCGGAAUGGUGCUGUCUAUGACUUUGUUGUUUCGGAAUCACUUAUCUGUUUUAGGUGUCCUUUUGUUGAACACCUGUCUCACAGUGCGAGAAGGCGACGCUAAAUCUCAUCAAGACAAAGGCUGGGAGAUAUUCACAAACGCUCUUCUGUCCUAUCUCAGCAGCAAUUACGAGAAGCUGGUGUUUAUGUUGUGGGGAAAAGAAGCUAAACAAAAGGGAGCCUUAAUAGAGCAGUACCGGAACCAUCUUAUUCUGGAACAUUGCCACCCUUCGCCUAUGGCUCGUCUUAAAGGUGGGGGAUUCCAGGGCUGCAAACACUUCUCCGAAUGUAAUGAAUACUUAAUACAACAUAACAAGACCCCUAUUGACUGGAAUUGGCUUCCUACUCCCCAUAAUACGCUGCCUGAAAAUUGGAAAUGUCCGCCUGAAGAUAGUUCGCCUGCUCAGAGGGAUUGGGCUUGUAAUAGGGGGGAUGUGCGAACUCACUGGAGUCAGGUGGAUGUUAACUGGGAUUAUCUGCCUGUUUACCUGCCUGCGGGGAUUGAUCCUUUGGGAGAACGUCCUGUCGACUGGAGUUGGCUGUAUAUUGACUGGACUGGGUUGCCUAUUGGCGGGCCUAAGCUGCCCAACACGAGUAUCAUUGCGCCAUCGAAUCCAGGUUUGUAACCCCGGCAACGAAAUGUUCAGGGAUAGACUGGAAUCAGGUUGUCCGUCCGUAUGUCCAUCCAUCCGACUGGCUGUAGACACAUUUUGUCCGGACAACUCCUUCUAAACCAAUCGGUCGAUUCCAGUGAAACUUCACACAAACAUUAAUGAUCAUGUGUAGAUGUACACGCCACUUUCUUUUUCUGGAAAUUAUGGCUGCUAUAGCAAGUGGUCACUAUAAACAGAGUUUCCGAUAUGAACCAUAACUUUAAGUUUGUGCGGACAACUUCUCCUUAACCAAAGGGCCGAUUUCAAUGAAACUUCACACAAAUAUAGUGGAUCAUGUGUAUGCCAUUUUCUUUUUCUCAAAACUAUGGUUGCUAUGGAAACUGUUCACUUUAAAGAGGUCUACUAAUAAGAACCCUAACUUUAAGUUUGUCUGGUCGACGACAACACCUUAACCAAACGGCCGAUUUCAAUGAACAAAUAUAGAGGAACAUGUGUAGAUGUGCAUGCCACUGUCAGUCCGCAGUUGUUAUGCAACUUCAGUAGGAGUAGCUGCAGAUCAACUUUCAGUGUUUUGGUGUAUCAAGGUCAAGAUCACUGUUACUUUUCUGGGUGUGGGUCAGAUAGGGACAUGUAUUACUCUAGCAAUGCCCAUCAUGUUUGUUAUUAUUAUCAUUAGCCAACCAUCAUCAUAUCCUUGUUGUCGCUAUUUAAUGACAAGCACAGCAGGGAUAUUGCUCAAACUUCAUGUGUAGGUUCCCGUUGGUCCCUAGUUGUGUCAAUUAAUUUAGACUGUUGAUGAGGUGGUUGGCACCAAAAUCCCACUGGGAUCUCUCUUGUUAUAUCUUGUUAUUAAAAGCUAACCGGUAAUAAAUAUUUAUAUAUUGAUGCAUUCAAAAUGCUGCCGUAACUACCAGCCCCUGUGACCUUUCAUAAAGGUAAAGGUCAUUAAUUCAUUUAAAAAGCCUUGGUAGCCUUUCGGGCAGGUGAUCAAGUUAAAAUUAGACAGACAGGCAGGGACCUCAUUACUUUAGGGCUAUUAAUAGAUAAUGUGCAUUUGAAUAUAGAAUCCCCUUUUUGGGUCCCACCCUCCACUUGGGAGCCAGCAGAGUACUACGAGAGAAACUCAGUUUUCUUCAACAGUUUGAAAAAAAUACCUUUGUGAUCAUCAACUUUAGAGAGAAGUUCUCUUAGUUUAUUUUCCCUUUCUGAAAUUCAAAAUUCAUUGCCAGUCCGUGUGAGUGUAAAUAGCUAUGGCAGCGCCGAGUUGAUUUGUACCAAAUGUCCGUUUUUCCGGGGAUUUUUGAGUGGUUUUUUUUUUUUUUUUUUUUAUUGUUUCUUUGGGUUUUUUUUUUUUUUUCUUUUUUUGUGUGUGUGUGUGUGUUUUUAUUAUAUUCUUAAUGUAAAUGACGACAAAUAGAAAGACAAAGCUGUUCACUGCUGGAUUAGUUAAAAGUUUCAAAAGUGAAAAGUGUUAUAUAUACUAUUGAUCAAGGAAGACAAUCCUUACAGAAAUGUAAUGUGUACGUAUAUAGUAUACUCAAGGGAAAUAACUCUUACGAUCUUAUAUGUAAUAGGUUUACCAGGAACAAUCUGGAAGAUUUAAUGUUUUAUAUACAGGUAUCUAUUGACAAGUUAUUGCUUACAAGAAGAAUAUUAAAGAAUUCCAGAAAAGAGAUGGUUGGUUAAUGUACUUUUGGCAAUAUGGA